GUGCGCAUGCGCCCUUUAUCAAAAACACGGUGACGUGUGUAAACAUCCGUUGGGACAUUUAAACCUUCAGCUGCCGGACACGGAGCGACAACAGUGCAGGCUGUUUCAGACGGAGCUAUUAUGCAGCAUGACCACAUGCAGACCUCACCUGUGUUCUUCCUCUGUGAAAGAAGACCCUACCUGGCACCUGCCACUGACACCUGUCCUCAAAACUUUGCUGAAACGCUGCCGACGGAGAUGAGCGUGAAGAUCUUUGGUGAGCUGGACACAGAGAGUCUGUGCAGCGCCUCGCGGACCUGCAAACUGUGGCAUCACAUCAUCGAGGAGAGCGAGCAGCUGUGGAGGAGGCAGUGUCUGCUGGUCAGAGCUGUGUGUCAGCGGGAGGUCGACAGCGACCGGAGAGAUGGUCUGUCCUGGAAGGUGACAUUAGUGAGGAACUACACUCGCAGCUGUGUGAAGAGAGACUGGCUGAGAGGACGUUACAGCCACGUGAGGUCAGCGGCGGAGCUGAGCGGCAGGAAGAUGACGCCGCUGGACGCUGAGACCUGGGGAGAGAUCCUGCAGGCGGAGCUGGACAGAUGAGUGGACAGAUGACUGACGGCAGCGUGUAAGGUUUUAUUUAAAGCACCUCAGGCACUUCUGACUUUUAACUCUAAUGUAUAUUUUAUACUUUGUGUUUUAUGAGAAUAAACACAAACACUUGUACAUAUAUAUUUUUUAAUUUUAUAAGAAAAACAAUCACGGAGAAAUGGAAAUGAAACGGAAACAUUAUUGGCUGAAAUUAAUUGUUACUGUUAAGCUGCUUCAUUGAUUUGAUGUAAAUAUGACUGAGAUGCAAUAAAUCACAUAUGUGUGACAUGUA